UAUGCAUUCUGUUGUGUUCCGAUACUGGACGUUUACUCCGGAGUAAUGGCGGCGUACCGGGGAUCUUCGUCGAAAUGGUUCUUCACCCGGGAACAGCUCGAAAGCACGCCGUCUCGACGCUGUGGAGUAGAACCGGACAGGGAACUCUCUUAUCGACAGCAAGCGGCAAACCUUAUUCAAGAUAUGGGCCAGAGACUAAAUGUCUCCCAACUGACAAUAAAUACUGCUAUUGUUUACAUGCAUAGGUUUUAUAUGUACCACUCUUUCACAAAAUUCCAUAGAAAUAUCAUAUCCCCUACCACCUUAUUCCUGGCUGCCAAAGUUGAGGAGCAGCCGCGGAAACUUGAGCAUGUCAUUAAAGUGGCGCAUGCCUGUUUAUGCCCUCAAGAGCCUCCUCUGGAUACAAAGAGUAAUGCAUACCUCCAGCAAGCUCAAGAGCUGGUGAUACUUGAAACCAUAGUGCUGCAGACUUUAGGUUUUGAAAUAACAAUUGAGCAUCCACACACUGAUGUUGUGAAAUGUUCCCAACUAGUGCGAGAAGCUAAUUCUCAUCCCCCUCUCUCUUCUUCUGCCACAGCAAGCAAGGAUCUGGCACAGACUUCCUAUUUCAUGGCUACCAACAGCCUCCACCUCACCACCUUCUGUCUGCAGCACAAGCCUACGGUCAUUGCAUGCGUGUGCAUACACCUCGCUUGCAAAUGGUCCAACUGGGAGAUCCCAGUGUCCACCGAUGGGAAGCACUGGUGGGAAUAUGUGGACAGCUCAGUCACCCUGGAGCUUUUGGAUGAACUGACCCAUGAAUUCCUCCAGAUUUUGGAGAAGACACCGAGCAGGCUAAAGAGGAUUCGUAAUUGGAGGGCGACACAAGCUGCCAAAAAGCCCAAAGCAGACGGCCAGGUGACUGACGGCAGCGGCACUUUCACGUGUCCAUCCCUGUCGCAGGAUCAUUCCCUGGUUGAUGCCAUUCCUGGCGUGUCUGGAGACGCUGCCUUCUCCAAGGCCUCGUUUCCUGUCGGCCUGUCGGGCAACUCCGGGAGCCUCUCCCUAGAUGCUCUCACCGGCGUGGGGGGCACCGCCUACACGUACACGGCCCCGAGCGACUGGCCUCAGGACCAGGGCCACUCGGACCCUCUAAAACCGGACACCCUGGGUCUCCAGCAGGGGGCAGCACCGUUGCUGCCCCAGCACGGCCCCUCCUCCUCGCACCCGCACCGACCCGACAAGGGUGCCGAGUUCAACCCCAUCAAACACGAACACAAGGCCGGCGGAGGGGCCAAACACCAGCCGCCGGUCUUUCCCGCACCCGCACCUCCACCACCUCCCACCGUCAAGAUGACUCUGGACAAGUACCGCGAGAAGCAGGCGGCCGAGCUGGCUGGGCAGAAGCGCCGGCAUGAGCAGCAGCAGCAGAGCUUGGAGCAGGAAGGUCGGGACGCGUACAGUAGCGCCGCCCUGCAGACUGACCACCGCAAGCACCUGCAGGCCCACCUGCACAGCCAGCUGCCGGGUCCCGGCAGCAGUAGCCUGUCCACCGCGUCCCCUCUGAAGAUGAAGCUGCCCCUCCCUGGCCAGGAGAGGUCUCAGAGUGGCGGCAACAACGGCGGAGGGGACCGGCGUGAAAAAGGCGCCUCGCUGAAGCUGCGCCUCCCGAUCCCUGCCCCGGGCGAGAGGAGUGGCUCAGGCAGCAAGGAGGAGCUCAAGAUGAAGAUCAAAGUGUCGUCGGAGCGGCACAGCUCCUCGGACGAGGGUGCUGCCAAGAGCAAACAUUCCAGCCCGCUGGUGGUCAAGGAGAAACACCGGGACCGGGAGCACUCUGGCCACCGGCACCACCACAAGCAUGGGCACUCGCAUUUCCACGUGCACAGCGGCAACGGCCGAGGGGCCCACGAGGGCUCAGGGUCCGGAGGCGCCCUCCUCCGCAGCCCCCUGGGCCUCGCCGCCGACGGGUUGACCAUGAUGGCCCCCAGCGCCUCAGCCACUGCCACCUCAGCGUCCUCCAGUUCCUCCUCCUCCUCGCGCAAGAGGGGCUACCCCGAGAGCAGCCACAACCACCACUCCUCCAAAAAGAACAAAAGCUCCAAGGGCAGCUCAGCUGGAGGCCUGCGGACGUCCCAGCAGCACCCUGGCGACAUGGGACAGGAAGCCGGCGGGGAGCCGCGGGCCUGAGCGCGUCGAACAGCCACCAGCUCGCGUCGGUGAACUACAGAGACACUUUUUCACGUGCUUGUCUCGCUGUUGAGCGCCCCCAAGGAAUGAACGCCUGAAAGCCACCAGUGGGAGAAGAAACGGGGAUGUAGAAAGGAGAAAACAAUAGAAAGAAUAAGAGAAAAGGCUACUUCAAUAUAGAUGUUUUUCUCUUACUGGAGAACUAAUGAGAAAAAAAAAAAAGAGAUUGCUGAUCUUUGGUUUCCUUGGCAAUGUCACCCUGGUCUCCCCUUCUCUCUGUGUAUGUUGUUGCUGGUCUCCUACAAAGCCCUGUCAGUGGGUUGUGGAGAGAAGGCA